AUGGAGCAGAAUGGCGGUUCCUUCCUCGCCGUGCGCCGGCUCUCCGGCCACCACCACCCAUCUCUAUUUUCCCCCCCUUUUCCAGCGGACGUCGUGUCGGGGUCGACGGCGUGGAUCGGGAGGGGAUUCUCCUGCGUCUGCGUGCAGAGGAGGGACAGCGACGCGCGCAUUUCCUUCGAUCUGACCCCCAUUCAGGAAGAGUGCCUACAAAGAUUACAGAACCGGAUUGAGGUGCCUUAUGAUAGUCAAAAUAGAGAACAUCAGGAAGCACUCAAAGCCCUUUGGCAUGCUUCUUUUCCUGGGACUGAACUUCUAGGACUAGUAUCAGAUCAAUGGAAGGAGAUGGGAUGGCAAGGGAAAGAUCCAUCCACAGAUUUCAGGGGUGGUGGCUUUAUCUCUUUGGAGAAUUUACUUUACUUCGCUAAGAACUAUCCAAAAUCCUUCGAGGAGCUCCUUUGUAAGCAAAAUGGUGACAGAGCAUUAUGGGAAUAUCCAUUUGCUGUAGCUGGAGUAAAUAUUACAUUUAUGCUCAUUCAGAUGCUUGAUCUUCAAGCAGCUAAGCCAAGGUCUUUGAUUGGAGCAGUGUUCCUAAAUCUACUUAUAGAAAACGAUCGAGCUUUUGAUAUUCUUUACUGCAUAACCUUUAAGCUGAUGGAUCGGAAAUGGCUUGAAAUGCACGCCACAUAUAUGGAUUUUAAUACUGUUAUUAAAUCCACACGGCGCCAGCUUGAGAGAGAGCUAUUACUUGAAGAUAUUCAGCAAAUUGAGGACAUGCCGUCAUACGGGUUUCUUGCCCGUUAG